AUGUCACAGGUUCCUGCUUCCUCAGAGGAUGUCCCACCAACAACAGGUGAAACAGAGGUAAAGCCACCUCAGCUGAGCUCUGUUUGGACCAAAGUACCCCGGGGACACAACACGAAUGGAAGCCAAACAGCCAGCUCUGAUGAUGUGCCAGAGACUAACUCCAGACAGGAUCUGCUCACUAUCACAGCUCUGCACACAGCACAGCAGAGGAUUCCCCAGAAACCAGCUGGCAUCCACGCUCAGAGGCUCAUCCGUUGA